AGUGGAAAAUGGAAGUAUAAAAGGACAUACCACACUUGAUUCCUAAAAUAUUGGAUUUUUGGUAAAUGAAGGAAGUACGGCAGUUAGUGUUUCGAGUAGGCGGAGAGUUGUGAGUGAGUGAGUCCUACAUGAAUUGAAGCUUUGUGCUUUCAAAUUUGGAGCUCCGAAUAAUGGGUCGUUCUCGGGCUGUUCAUCAAUCCACCGAUGAUGAUCCAACCCAGAGGUCUAAAAGAAAAAGGGCUGCACCAAAUGUGGAGAAUUUUGAUACUGCAGCUGCUGGCCAAAUGUUGACCGAAGGGAAAAAGGCUUUGUACCAUUGCAAUUAUUGCAAUAAAGACAUAUCUGGAAGGAUUCGAAUUAAAUGUGCUGUGUGCUCUGACUUUGAUCUUUGUGUGGAAUGCUUUUCUGUCGGAGCAGAAGUGCAGCCUCACAAAAGUAAUCAUCUAUAUAGGGUUAUGGAUAACCUGUCAUUUCCUCUCAUAUGUGCUGACUGGAAUGCAGAUGAGGAAAUGUUACUUCUAGAGGGGUUGGAAAUGUACGGAUUGGCAAACUGGGCUGAAGUUGCCGAACAUGUUGGAACAAAGAGUAAAUUGCAGUGUAUUGAACACUAUAAGUCCAUAUAUAUUAGUUCUCCUUGUUUUCCACUUCCGGACAUGUCUCACGUUAUGGGAAAGAGCAGAGAGGAACUUCUUGCCAUGGCCAAGGAGCAAGGAUAUGCUGCUCCCGGGGAAGUUAAUGUUAAAGAAGAGUCUCCAUUCUCUGCAAGAAUCAAGAUGGAAGAUCAACGGGAAGAAAAUUCAGCUGGCCUUGCCUCAGUUGGAGGUUCUGCUUCUGGUAAAUUAGCAGGCGCUGGAAAGAGGACAUCUGCCGUACUUAAUAGUAAGGAGAAUCAUGAUAGCAUCAAAUUGGAAGGUUGUCCUGCAGACAGGAGCGUUGGAGAGAAAAAGCCAAGGACAUCGGUGGACGAGGGGCCUUCUAUGACAGAGUUGAGUGGUUAUAAUUCUAAGAGAGAGGAGUUUGAAAUUGAAUACGAUAAUGAUGCUGAGCAGAUGCUGGCUGAUAUGGAAUUUAAAGAGACAGAUAGCAAUGCUGAACGUGAACUGAAACUUCGUGUAUUGCGUAUAUACUCUAAAAGGCUUGAUGAGAGGAAACGUAGGAAGGAUUUUAUUUUGGAAAGAAAACUACUUCAUCCCGAUCCUUUUGAGAAAGACCUCACUCCGGAGGAGAAGGACAUAUGCCGUUCCUACAGGGUAUUCAUGCGUUUUAGUACAAAAGGGGAGCAUGAGGAUUUCCUUAGGAGCAUAAUCGAGGAGCACCGGAUGGCAAAACGGAUACAAAAUCUUCAGGAUGCCCGAGCUGCUGGUUGUCGAACUUCCGCUGAGGCAGAAAGAUAUAUUGAACAAAAGAGAACACAGGAAUCUGAAGAAAAUAUACGUAGACUAAAGGAGAACUCCCAGAAUGGCCCAAGUGGCAAAUAUUUGCAAAGAGCAGGUCACUUUAAAGUGGAGCAUGACAGCAGCCCCAGUGGAGUUGUUAGAGGCCCUGAAAUGCUGGAUUCUUGUUGCAAGGACUUAUCAUCAACCACCGCACCACAUGGUGUUGGAAGUGCUUUAGACAUUUGGGAUGUCAGUGGCUUUUUAGGGGCUGAGUUACUCUCAGAAACUGAAAAAAAGCUUUGUGAUGAGAUCAGAAUCCUCCCGAGUCAUUAUCUGAACAUGUUACAGACCAUGUCUAUGGGGAUCUUAAAUGGCAACAUCACCAAGAGAUCUGACGCGCAUGGUCUAUUCAAUGUUGAUCCGAAUAAGGUGGACAAAGUGUAUGAGAUGCUUGUUAAAAAGGGCCUGGCUCAAGCAUAAUGUUGCCACUUUGCAGGUUCUAGCAUGCUUUUACUAACUGUCUACCAAAAGCGGGAAUGCUGUAAAAUGGCUGGCUUGUUUGCUUGAAUUCUUCCAGAUUAUCUCAAGUGUUAUGUUAUAAUGAAGGUUUGUUAAGGCAUGGCUGUUCGAACAGCCAUGCUGUGGAUAUCCAUUAUAAUGAUGUCCAUCGUCAAUAUGAGAUCUGUAACACAAGCUUUUCACAUUGUUCCAUUAAGAUUGUAAUUAUUAUGGCUUUGUAAGUUAUCUGUAUGAAAGGAAGUAGUGUAAUGGAGAUGUAUGCUGUUGUCUGAGGCUUGUGUAUACACGAGGUUCAUAUACAUCACAUUAGAUUAAGAAUAAUUUGCUGGUUAAAAGCUAGUUUUGACAAUGUUUCCUCUGGAAUUUUUUCCCCUCAAAACAGGGAAGUUGGAUUAUCCAUCUUA